AUGGAGUCACAGUCGCAGGGGUCAGACGAUCGGUCACACUUGCAAGCGAAAACGGCCGCACGACCGUCUCGAAAGGGCAAAGAGAAAGCCACGGACUUUUCAACUGUAGACGACAAGGGCGCAAACCUGCCGAAACAACGCGACACGUUGGUACCGCAGGACGCUGCACCAGAGACACAAGAAUCGGAAGAAGCUGCUGAAGCCGAGAGCGAGCCAGAAGACUCGUUCGCUUUGAUGCAAGACCAGCUUCGCUCCUACUUCUCCGCGAAGACGACUCGGACUCCGGUAACGACAAUAGCGGAGAGAGAACGGCGUGAAGGCGAGAUCGAGGGUUCAAGCGAAACGGCAGCACCAGCAUCGGACGCACUUGCAUUCGUAUCGGACCCUUUUUCAGAGCUAGUCAGUGCCCCACCACAAGAGCCACAACCGCAAUUCACGCGGCCGACGCUCGCAGACAUCCAGAAUGCCGAUCUGGAUGAUCUGUCAGGAUUCUACCAAUCCCACACCGCCUGGCGCCCAAAUCAGCAAGUCCUGGACGACACGCCCGCACAGGAAGCACCUAAGCGUCCAUCGUUCCUCAGACAGGCCCUCACGCAAGGGCGCCGUCAGUACAUCGUUCUCAUCCUGGAUGCAGACAACCUGCUCUUCGAUCCGCGCCACAUGACCCAAGGCUACGACGGCGGAAGAUUUGUCUACGAAGAGCUGCGUAAUAAGAUCGCGCACAAGCACCAACUCGUUCCGCACAUGCUCGACCUGCGCGUGCGUGCCUUCUGUGCGCUCCAUGCACUCACCACAGUUCUUGAAGGCACUCGAAUUGUUCGGAGAGGAGCCUUUAUCGACUUCUGGCAGGGGCUCUCUGACAGCAGCCUGCACAACUACGUUGUCAACGUGGGACGCGGCGAUCAGGCAGCCGACCUUCGCGUCAAAGCAGCGUUGGCAGAUGCGAUCCAAGACCCCGACUGCUUCAAAGCCUAUUUGGGCGGACUGGACGAUUUUGGGUAUAUGGAGGAGCUCAGGGCGAUCAGAGAAAUGGGCUUGCUAGAGAAGAAAGUGCACCUGGUCCAGGUGCCCGGCUACGCAGUCGAGUCGAACUAUUACAAGCAGUACGCGCAUCGGGCGAUCGACCUCGAUUACCUCUUCCGGAACGGCAAACUGUCGCUGUACGAUCUGGCUCAACGCAAGCACGAUGUGGACGAGGCAGUGGCUGUCGAGACCAAGCAACUGGCGUCGACGCCGUGCCUGUUCCACCACCUGACAUCGCAAGGUUGCCACGAAGGCGAGAGAUGCAAGUAUUCGCACGAACCCCUCCCUCUGCUUCACAAGGAGCGACUGAGGGCCAUCCUCAAACGGCGCAAGUGCCCCACAGUAGCUAGAGGGGAUGCGUGUCCUUACGGGGACGACUGUCUCUACAGGCACUGA